AUUGCGGCGGCACAGGCUCGUGCGUGUGCGCGAAUUCUCUCCUCGUCUUCUCGAGCGCAGAGCUUGAUAUUUUCGCUUUAAAACUACAAAACGCGCGUCUCUCUCUCUUUGUGUAACAAUAAUAAUAAUAACCGAUACACAGCGAUCGAUGGUUCCGAUCUUUGUGUGACCGUAGAUUGAGAAAAUUCCUUCGAUCGAGCUUUUUUUGCCCCAGCCCUUAGCCGGGCCCGCGAGAAAAUCAUAGUACAAAGUGUCGAUACAAUAAAGUGCGCCGAAUCGGGGGCCGAUACACACAUAGCCAGUGAUAAAGUGCGUGUGUUGUUGUUGUUGUGUGUGCGCGACUCCGGUGGUGGUGAAUUUUCUAGAACGUUUCAACGAUAGUCUGUGUACGUACGCACACAUCGUGACAGGCAACAUCUCCUCGUUAUUAUUUCGCAAACGUACCACUCGGUUCGUUUUUUCCGCAGCUCGUACACAGCAGCGGCAGCGCAAGAGAUUUUGAAGCGCCGUGUCUACUAUCUAGCGCUCGAGAGUCGAAAAAAAAAGAUAUAUAUCGCAAGAAUCCUAGUGGAAUCGGAGUAUUAUAUAGUAGUGGCACUAUACACUGCAUGCGGUUAUAGAGAGAUUUUGCAUCGCGCAAGAAGAUCGUAUAUAUCUAAUACUGCGACGUACGAUCUUGUGUGCGCAUAUAUACGUGUGUUGGUGUGAGAGUUGGUUUCUGCACGUACGCCGCAGCCAUCGUCACUGUAGCCGAGCUUUAUAUAGUGCGACGUUCUUUGUAUUAUUUACGAAGGACGACUUAACGCAGUAGUAAAAAAAAGAAAAGACUAACAGCAAUAGUAUACGUUUGGGGAGUCUGGAUUUGUUGAAGUGCUCGUCAGGCGGGGAGGCCCAAUUAUAAUCACUAAUGCAUAGAAUUAGAAGCGACCGGAUUUGCUACAAAAUUAAUAACAAUUUAUGGCGAUUGAUCAAUGAAAUCGUCAGCAACGGAUAGAGAGGCCAAGAGAAGAGAAUAAAUAACAAAUCGCUUCAAAGGCUCAAAAAACAUAACUUGAAAAUUUGGUGGUGGUAGAUCGCGGGUUACAAGAGAGCUUGAAACGAUGUAAAAAAAGCCCGUGGAAUUCCAGGAUUGUGUAUUAAUUAGGAAAAAAUCGUCGGUUAAAGAAGCAGCUGAUCCUCGUCCAAGUUUUACAAGAUUUUCACAUCUUUACGCACGAGCAGACGAUGAUACAGUAAAGCUGCUCAAAUAUCGAUUAUGAAAUGUAAGAGGCGCGAAAUUUGAUCUCCGAAGUGAAGCGCAUCGAUUUCCGGCCGCACACACCCACAUACAUACACACACACGCGCUGCGUGUGCUAUUCGCAGUCAACGUCAACGAAAAUGACGGGCAGCCAGUGCAGCGAAAUCGGCUGCGAGCUGGGCUGUCGAGCAGCGCAACAGCACCAACAUCAACAGCAGCAGCAGCAGCAAUCGAUCCCAUCGGCAACGAGCGGCCCAUCGAUCGAUCGAAAAUGUCGAUCCACCACCGCUGCCGGCAGCAGCAGCAACAGCAGCGCAGUCCCUACCACCGCUACGAGCAACAUUACCACCACCACCAACAACAACAACAACAACAACAACAACGACGGUGGCGGAGUGUCUCAGCAUCAGCAGCAUCAGCAUCAGCCACCAGCAGCACCUCGUGCCAACGCCAACAACGCCACAGCAGCAACAACGGCAGCCACCACAGCCAGCAACGCGACGGGCCAAAAGCACACGGUCCAUUGGUUCCGCAAGGGUCUGAGGCUGCACGACAAUCCGUCGCUGCGCGACGGCCUCGAGGGCGCUGCGACGUUCCGCUGCGUCUUCGUGCUCGAUCCCUGGUUCGCCGGCAGCACCAACGUCAGCAUAAAUAAGUGGAGGUUAUUUCUCCUGCAAUGCCUCGAGGACCUGGACAGCUCUCUGCGCAAGCUCAACUCGCGGCUGUUCGUCAUCAGGGGCCAGCCUGCGGACGCCCUGCCCAAGCUCUUCAAGGAGUGGGGCACCACGGCGCUGACCUUCGAGGAGGACCCCGAGCCCUACGGACGCGUGCGCGACGAGAACAUCACGACGCUCUGCCGCGAGCUCGGCAUCUACGUCGUCCAGAAGGUCUCGCACACCCUCUACAAGCUCGACGAAAUCAUCGAGCGCAACGGGGGUAAACCACCUUUGACCUAUCAUCAGUUUCAAAACAUCAUAGCUCAAAUGGACCCGCCCGAGUAUCCCGCGCCUACGGUCACGGCCGACUGUAUCGGGAACGCUUACACGCCUCUCAUCGACGAUCACGACGAUCUCUACGGCGUGCCCACGCUCGAGGAAUUAGGUUUCGACACGGAGGGCCUCAACCAACCGGUCUGGGUGGGCGGCGAGAGCGAGGCCCUGACCCGUCUCGAGCGCCACCUCGAGCGCAAGGCCUGGGUGGCGAGCUUCGGCCGGCCCAAGAUGACGCCCCAGUCGCUGCUCCCGUCGCAGACCGGCCUGUCGCCCUAUCUGCGCUUCGGCUGCCUCAGCACGCGGCUGUUCUACUACGAGCUCACGGAGCUCUACAAGAAGAUCAAGAAGACGGCGCCGCCGCUGUCGCUGCACGGCCAGCUGCUCUGGCGCGAGUUCUUCUACUGCGCCGCCACCAACAAUCCCAACUUCGAUAGGAUGCACGGCAAUCCCAUCUGCGUGCAGAUACCCUGGGACAAGAACACCGAGGCAUUGGCCAAGUGGGCUAACGGCCAGACUGGCUUUCCCUGGAUCGACGCGAUAAUGACGCAGCUGCGUGAGGAGGGCUGGAUUCAUCAUUUGGCCAGGUACGCGGUCGCCUGCUUCCUCACCCGUGGCGACCUUUGGAUCUCCUGGGAGGAGGGCAUGAAGGUUUUCGACGAGCUGUUACUCGACGCCGACUGGUCGAUAAACGCGGGCAUGUGGAUGUGGUUCUCGUGCAGCUCGUUCUUUCAGCAAUUCUUUCACUGCUACUGUCCCGUAAGAUUCGGCCGAAAAGCCGAUCCCAACGGCGACUACAUCAGACGAUACCUGCCGGUUUUGAAGAAUUUUCCGACUCGCUACAUACACGAGCCGUGGAACGCGCCGCUGAGCGUCCAGAGAGCCGCCAAGUGCACCGUGGGCAGGGAUUACUCGCUGCCGAUGGUCAAUCACAGCAAGAGCUCGCGCAUCAAUGUCGAGCGAAUGAAGCAGGUUUAUCAACAGCUGUCGAAAUAUCGCGCCAACGGUGUUGCUUUGAAUGGCGAGACAGUAGGACUGCUCAGCGUAGCGCCCACGCCGCCUUUAAUCGGAUACGACCAGCUGGACGGCGAGUUGGAUCAGGCGAGCCAGCAGCAACGUCUCAAUAACGCGUCCUCGAAUGCCGAACAAUUGGAUAGGGAAAGUUCACAAAAUCAGCAAGAUCCCCAGCAACAGCAACAACAGCAGCAACAACAACAACAUCAAAUACAUCAUCUUCAUCAACAUAUGCAUCAACAGCAUAAUCAUCAUCCUUAGCCUUUGGAUUGCAUAUCAUGAAAGAAUUUCUCAUUCAUGGUUUUCUCCAGACAUCUUGAAAGUGAAAAAGGUUUUAAGAACGAAAAUCACUUAGUUUUAAAUGUAAAAUCAGUUAAUCAAUCGUUCAAACAGAAUCUAAGUUUGGACUGUUACUUAUAUAUCACGCAUGUACAUUUUAAGUAUUAAUUAUUAUAAAUCUAUCAUAACACCCACUGAUCGAUCAUUAAAAUUUAAAUGGCAGAAAUAAAUAUUGCUGCACUUUAUGCAAACCAAGAGUAUUAAAUAUAUUUACUCGUUACGAACUCGGCUUUUAUAUGAAACACAAGCGAUGUGGCUUUUUGAUUGUGUAACCAAUAAUCGGAUGUGACCCAUUUUUUUUCUUCAAGUUAGCACAUUCAGAUUUUACUGUUAGAACCAUUAAUUAGUAGAAAAAAAAUCAAGCCCAUGAAACAUUGUGAAACCGAGACAAACAAAAAAAAUACUAGAAAGAUUUUUUCCAGUGUUUAUUUUUAUAAAUAUCAAUUUUGAUAUUAUCAUCAAAUUUUCCGUAAGGAAACUAAUAUAUUUACUAUAUUUGACAAGUUAAUAAGUAAAGUGCUGUGCACUGAAAGAAAGGAAAGAAGAAUGAAUUAAUCAUUUUGAAGAGUUGUAUAAUUCGAAAAAUAUAAACGAUAAUUUAUUUUAUGUUUGGUUUUCUACAUUUUUCAGAUGUACAUUUUUUCUUAUCUUUAUUUAUAUCAAUAUUCAUAAAAAAUGAAGAAGUACGUGGAAUAUACGUGUUUAUAAAAUCUACAAAAUUAUUCGAAAAUAAAUUAUACUUUGAUUAGCCUUAAAAAAUAUUAUCGACAUUAAUGAAUAAGUUUAUAAUUUCAAGUGUAAUCAUUUGUUAAGAGUAUUUGUAGAGCAUUUUUAUACAAAAUAAAAUACAUAAUAUUUUUCACGUUCAUAUAGUUAUAUUUUUAAAGAAUGAAACGGACUG